UCAAAACAUAACCCAUCCCCAACAUGCCCGCAGAACGAAAGACCGCGCCAAAGCGCCGACAGCUCCCCUUCAAGCCCCCAAGCCGGACCUCCGCCUCUGCCUCUACCUCAGCCCCGGCCCCCGCUCCAGCAUCACCACCAGCAGCAUCCGCCUCAUCCAAACCGAAACCCAAGCCCAAGACCAAACCAACGGACAAACCCAAACCCACCAAACCACGAGCCCCUGCCCCAGCAAAAGCCACAAAAGCAGCCUCCUCAACCAAUCCCAAACCCAAACCAAAAGACAAAGGCAAAGGCAAAGCCCCAGCCCCCGCCGCCCACGACUCCGACACCGACACCAACACCGAUACUAACUCCAUCCACUCUGCCUCCCCCUCACCUUCAGCAUCAGCAUCAGCAUCACCAUCCGCCUCCCCAGAACCCGAACCCGAACCAGAUUACAUCCUCGCGGAAAUCAUCCACAAAGACCAACAAUCCGACGACGUCCUGACCAACGACCCCGUGAUCCCUCCGAAGCUCUUGACCAGAUUACUGCAUCAUCAUUUCCAGAAUCAGAAGACCAAGAUCGCCAAGGAUGCGAAUACUGUGGUUGCGAAGUAUGUGGAUGUUUUUGUGAGGGAGGCGUUGGCGAGAGCCGCGUUUGAGAGGAGGGAGGCGGUGGGGAAGGGGAGUGUGGUUGGGGAUGGGUUUUUGGAGGUUGAGGAUUUGGAAAAGAUGGCGCCGCAGCUUGUGAUGGAUUUCUAGAAGGGAUUAAUUGAUGUGUUUGGAGUUAUGGGUUGGAGUUUUAUGAUACCAAUGUUUGUAGAUGAGGAUUUGGGAGACUUGUGUUACUACUAGACAUGCACACGGGUAUAUUGAAAUGUGUAGAUGUAGUCUAUGUACCAUCGAGUCUGGCGUCU